GCAGUUCACUCAGUCAUCCUCUUCUCCGCUCGGUCUUCUCUCGACUUCAGUGUUCUGCUUUUCAAGUCUGGACCGACGAUAACAAUUCUCUUCCAACGCUCAUCGAUCCACCAGUGACGAGCAUUGCCUCUGACCUUCUCUUUCUUCGUGAUCAGAUUGCUCUGCGCAACAGUCGAUUGGCGUUCCAGCUCGUUCACGUAGAAGCGCGAGGCUAGAAACAGCUUCUUCUCGCUCUUUCGUCAGAUUUUAUCAAGAUGGCCUCAAGCAUGAAUGCUGCCGUGAGAAGCGGAUUGGUGCUGGUUUUGUGUAUGUUGCUCUUCGUGAGCAUGGAGAGCAGCGGUGUCCGAGCACAGGAGGACGCAUUCGCGCCCGCCCCCGCACCAGUGACACCGGACAGCGCAGCUGGAUUGGUUCUACCCAGUUUUGUUGCUCCAGUUGUUAUGAUCGUUCUUUCAUUCCUGGCUGGUCGGCAGUAGGUUUGUCAAGUGGAAUGCCGGACGUGCGGUCACAACGACCGGAAGUGUGUAAAUUUGUAUACAGCUAUGGAGUUAAAUUCGAUCGAGGCGGGAAGCCAUUCUUCCCCAAUAGUCAUCACAGUGGAGGAUUAUCUACUGUCGCAUCAAGUUGGUGAUGCGACUCCGGGAAACUCAUUUUUUUCUCAGCUGCCAGUAUUGAAGUAGAGUGCAGUAUAGAUUUUGAUAUUUCGAGCAACAAUAGGAGCUGCCGAACGGAAGUUACACGAACUCCCACGCAGAACUCUCAAUCGUGCCUAUCUGUUGUUGCUUUACAUUUGCCGUAUACGGCUAAUAAAACAAUUUCUGCUGCAUAGCAGAGUCUUUUUGUUAAACAC